AUGCCUACUAAUUUUGAUGGCAUUGAGAUAAAUUAUCUGAUAGAAAUCUAUCUUCUUGUAGCUUGUUUGAGCAUCCAUUCGUACAGUAUGUCGGAGAAGCCAUCUGAUGAUACGACUGGCCAGGUGAGGCCUGAAGGAGAUGUUUCUGAUGUGAAAGUGGAAACUGCCAACCAGGAUAAAGGAAAUGAGAUGCCAUCAGCACAGCAAGAGGAAGCAGUAAUCAAGAAAAAGUAUGGAGGAGUACUGCCCAAAAAGUCACCACUCAUAUCCAAGGACCAUGAGCGAGCUUACUUUGAUUCUGCUGAUUGGGCUCUGGGAAAGCAAGGAGGACAUCCUCAAAAGCCUAAAGGGCCGCUUGAAGCACUUCGACCGAAAUUACAGCCUACCCAGCAGCAAGCCCGUUCACGCCGAUUCCUUCAUGCAUCUACUGACAGCGACGAGGGCGCCAACUCGCCUACGGAGGUGACGACCCCGACCCAGGAGUCCACCGAGGAGGCCAAGGCGGCCGAGAACAAGGAAGCCACCGAGUAG